GCUUUUCAAAACACUAUAAGAGGCCCGCACGCUCACUCCGUAUCCAGCUCAUCUCUUCAGCUCCGCGAGCAUCCAUGGCUUCCCCUGUCUCCAAGCCGUCGUCUCUCUCUCUCCUCCUCCUCCUCCUCCUCCUCGACGCUUCUCACUUGGCCUGGUCGCAGUCCUUCGUCGGAGUGAACUACGGGCAGGUCGCCGACAACCUCCCGCCGCCGGAGUCCACUGCGAAGCUCCUGGAGUCGACGACGAUCGGGAAGGUCAGGCUGUACGGCGCCGACCCGGCGUUAAUCAAGGCGCUGGCGGGCACCGGUAUCGGGAUCGUGAUCGGGGCGGCCAACGGCGACAUACCGUCGCUGGCCUCCGAUCCCAACGCGGCCGCCCAGUGGGUCGGCUCCAACAUCCUCUCGUUCUAUCCCGCCAGCAACAUCACCCUCGUGACGGUGGGCAAUGAGGUGUUGAUGUCCAACGACGAAAGCUUGAUAUCGCAGCUCCUGCCGGCGAUGCAGAACAUGCAGAGGGCCAUCACCGCCGCCGGGCUGGGCGGCAAGGUGAUGGUGUCGUCGGUGCACGCCAUGUCGCUGCUGAGCCAGUCCGACCCGCCGUCGUCGGGCCUGUUCCACCCGUCGUUCGAGGGCCGGCUGAGGGACCUGCUGGAGUUCCAGCGGGAGAAUGGGUCGCCCCUCGCCAUCAACCCGUACCCGUUCUUCGCGUACCAGAGCGACCCGCGGCCCGAGACGCUGGCGUUCUGCCUGUUCCAGCCCAACGCGGGGCGGGUCGACUCCGGGACCGGGAUCAAGUACAUGAACAUGUUUGACGCUCAGGUUGAUGCUGUUUACUCUGCCCUAAAGGCAUUGGGGUACCAGGACAUUGAAAUUGUGGUUGCAGAGACGGGAUGGCCAUACAACGGCGACAGCAAUGAGGUCGGGCCUAGUGUAGAGAAUGCUAAGGCCUACAAUGGCAAUUUGAUUGCCCACCUUAGAUCGAUGGUCGGCACUCCACUGAUGCCUGGCAAGUCCGUGGAUACGUACAUUUUCGCGCUCUAUGACGAGGAUUUGAAACCGGGGCCUGCUUCUGAACGAUCGUUCGGACUGUUCAAGCCUGAUCUGACCAUGGCAUAUGACAUUGGUCUUUCGAAGAGUAGCCAGACCCCGGCUUCUCCAAAAGCUCCAGUGACUCCGACCCCAAGACCAACUGGAAUGGGCUGGUGCGUGCCCAAAUCCGGUGUUUCCGAUGCUCAAUUGCAAGCAGGUCUCGACUAUGCUUGCAGCCAAAACAUCGAUUGCGGUCCGAUCCAGCCAGGGGGUGCUUGCUUCGAGCCGAACACCAUAGCGUCCCACGCAGCUUUUGCCAUGAACCUCUACUACCAAACCGCUGGCAAGAACCCUUGGAACUGCGAUUUCUCUCAAACGGCAGCGCUCACAACGAACAACCCCAGUUACAAUGGCUGUGUUUACCCUGGUGGGAGCACCUGAAGUGUGAUAGGAACUGUUGUUGGAUUGUUAUAUAGGAGGCAGAAUAAGGGAUGGUGGUGUAGUUGAAGAACUUGCCCCUAUAUGUUAGUUGUAAAGCCUUCCUUCUUAUAAUUAUAGUUGUAAUUUACAAAUAUAUCUAGCCUUUUUUUUUUUUUUUUGGCCAUCUUUUGGUUUCUUAUUUUUACAUUUCUCAUAAGUUAAAAGAGUAUGGGAGAAAUAAUCCCUAAGGUUUUAGGUUGAAGCAAGUCUUCAUAUUAUGCCAUGUAACCUCCUUUCCGAGAUCUUCAGUUAACUGCAUGAUUUUCGGGCAUUGAUUCCGAUCC